AUGGCAGCCACAGUACAAGGGUGCCUGGAGCUCCAGCUGCAGGAAGUGGAAAUGCUCCUUUCAAUGUUUCCCAAAAAAGGUGAAAUAAAUCUGCAUGAGGAUGCUGUGCCCAGCGUGCAGCACUACCUGAGAAACGCUGAUGGAGCUCUGCCCCCACGGCUCGAAUAUUCAAUCACUAUCGAUGUAGGGGAGGCAGAGGGAAAAGUGGAACUGCAGGUACUGCUGCCUCACAUGUACCCUCACGUACCUCCACAGCUUUUUGCAAGAUCGAAUGCACUCCACAGACAGCAACAGUUGCAGCUCAACACUGGUCUCACUUCUUACAUCAGCUCUUUAGACUCAGGUGAACUGCAUAUAUAUGAAGCUGUGCAAUGGGUGAAAGAAAACAGCCUGCCUUACUUGGAAAACAGUAAGAUCUCUUCUGAAAGUGCUUCAAAAGAAUUUGUAGUUAAAGAAACAUUGCAUCGCAUGUGGAUCUACAGCCAUCACAUAUAUAGGCAGGAACUGAAGAAAAAGAUUUUUGACUGUGCAAAGAAGUUAAAUCUGACUGGCUUCUGCCUAACAGGGAAACCUGGUGUCAUCUGUGUGGAGGGACUCAGGGAAAACUGUGAAGAAUUUUGGCAUGUUAUUAGGUAUCCCAACUGGAAGCAUAUUUCAUGCAAGCAUGUGGAGAAUAUAGAAACAGAGGGAAGCAUCAACCAUCUCCGUCUCUUUUGUUCUUUUGAAGACCUGCAGUUUCAGGCACAUGGUGAUUAUGGCCUGAGGAACGACUAUCACAUGGAUCUUGGCCAGUUCCUAGAAUUCCUGAAACAACAUCAAAGUGGACAUAUUUUUCAGAUUUUAUUUGGUAUCGAAGGCAAACUUUCAGACAAAUAA